UCAAUGAACAUGAAGCAAGUUUUAUAACAGAAGCGGACUUUAUCGUAAAAUUAUGGAGCCGUUUGCUAGAGCUUACAUUUCGCGGAACAGACGUCAUCUUACAUUGGGGUGAUACAAUCCCUGAAAACUGCAAAACAUCGUUCAGAAUGAAGUUUGAUUUACGUAUUAUUUCGCAUACUUUGUCAUGUCAAGGUAUAAAAGCUGACGUGGCUGCUGGUGAAUUUGCUCGGUCUGUUGAUGAAAGCAAACUUUACCGAGACAAGUUGAAAGGUGUUUUGAUUUCAAAACUAAAUAUGAACCAGAGAUACAAAGAAAUAAUGGGUUUAGGUUUUGAUUGUAACGCAACACAGCUCAAUGCGCCAUUCAUUGUUGUAAUGGGUCAUGAAGCCGUAUUGUAUAACUUGACAAAAACUUCUGCUGAUCCCUACAUAUUGUAUGAAGCCACUACUUUAUCCUUUCCUUCGUCUGUAGAAGACAUAAAAAACAACGGCAUUGCGGAUUUGAUUAGGGCCCUAAGAAAGAUAAAGGUAAGGAUAUUUCCAUAGACUAUAUUUUAAUUUUUUAUAGCAAUUGGUUAUGGACAUGAAA